CGUGCCACCGCCCCUGACCGACGGACGGACAGACAGACAGACGCCCGCCCGCACACCGGGGGCUAAUAACGGAGAAGGGAUAAGAGCUCCUCAGCCCUUUCCUCGCUGCCGAGUCCCGUCCCCACCCCUCACCCCCGGCCGGUGCGGGGUGCCGUAGCGGCUCCGGGGCUCGGCCGCCCUCACUUCCCAUCUGACUGGCGAGAGGACGGCGGCAGCGGCCCCCGCCUCCCCGCGCUCUUCCUCGCUGCCGCCUGCGUGUGUGCCGCGGGCAGAGGGACUACAAAGGAGAAGGGGGAGUCGGGGGCUACAUGAUCGAGGGUGGCGUGUGUGAGUGUGCACGCCGGUGGGGGGCAUAUCUGGCGAGGAGAAAACACAAGGUCAAGAGGCAGUUCUCCUCCUCCUCCUCCAUGGAAGAAGACGGGAGCGAUGAGCCCUGAGGAGGACGACGAAGAGAAGGGGCGGAUGGCUGAGGGCUGCCGCUGCCGGGCUUCCCCUCGGGAGUGACGGGGCGCGGAGGGCUGAAGGGGCCGGAGGAGGCAGCGCUGGGGUCGGGAGGGAGGAGAGGAAGGCGAGAAGGAAGCGGGGGGUUUGAAUCUCCUUGGCUGGAUUAUUUCUCCUCAGGGGAAGCUGCCCCUGCCCGGGGUGCUCGGGCGGCGCUGCCAUCGCUGCCCGCUGCCGGCCGCGCCUCGGCCCAUGGCCCCCGCGGCGAAGAUGGACCUGGGCAGCGCUGCGAGGAGAGCCGGAGCUGCCCCCGCGCCCCUGGGCGUCUGGAGACCUUUCCCUUCCUCCUGCUGCUGCUGCUUCUCCUCGCUUCUGGAUGUGAACAGCUGGCUGCUCUUCUACGGCUUCUUGUACCUGGCCCUCUAUGCCCAGGUGUCCCAGUCCAAGUCCUGCGACAAAAUCUCCUGCUUCUCAGGUCAUUGUGUCAACUCCACCUGUGUCUGCGACCAGGGCUGGGUGGGAGACCAGUGCCAACACUGCCAGGGCAGGUUCAAGUUAACAGAACCUUCUGGAUAUUUAACAGAUGGACCAAUAAAUUAUAAAUAUAAAACUAAAUGUACAUGGUUAAUUGAAGGAUACCCAAAUGCAAUACUAAGAUUAAGAUUUAAUCACUUUGCCACAGAAUGUAGUUGGGACCAUAUGUAUGUCUAUGAUGGAGAUUCAAUAUAUGCACCUUUAAUAGCUGUAUUUAGUGGUCUAAUAGUCCCUGAAGUGCGUGGAAAUGAAACUGUUCCUGAAGUAGUUACUACAUCUGGCUAUGCAUUGCUACACUUUUUUAGUGAUGCUGCUUAUAACCUAACUGGAUUUAACAUUUUUUACUCAAUUAAUUCUUGUCCUAAUAACUGCUCAGAACAUGGGAAGUGUACAACCAGUGUGUCUGUACCAAGCCGGGUAUAUUGUGAGUGUGACAAGUAUUGGAAAGGAGAAGCCUGUGAUAUUCCAUAUUGUAAAGCCAACUGUGGCAGUCCAGAUCAUGGGUACUGUGAUCUCACAGGCGAGAAGCUGUGCGUUUGCAAUGAUAGCUGGCAAGGUCCAGAUUGUUCUUUGAACGUUCCUUCCACGGAGUCUUACUGGAUUCUACCAAAUGUAAAGCCCUUCAGCCCUUCUGUGGGUCGGGCUUCCCAUAAGGCAGUCCUACAUGGGAAAUUUAUGUGGGUGAUUGGUGGAUACACUUUUAACUACAGUUCAUUCCAAAUGGUGUUGAACUACAAUUUGGAAAGCAGUAUAUGGAACGUAGUACCUGUAUCCAAAGGGCCACUCCAGAGAUAUGGACACACUCUUGCUUUAUAUCAGGAAGACAUCUACAUGUAUGGAGGCAAAAUUGAAACAAAUAAUGGCAAUGUUACUGAUGAGCUGUGGAUUUUCAACAUACACAGUCAAACAUGGAGUACCAGAACUCCUGCUGUACUUGUACAUGGCCAACAAUAUGCUGUGGAAGGUCAUUCAGCACACAUAGUAGAGCUGGACAGCAGAGAUGUGGUUAUGAUUAUUAUUUUUGGAUAUUCUGCCAUAUAUGGUUACACAAGCAUUGUGCAAGAAUACUACAUCAGGUCUAAUUCUUGGCUUGUACCAGAAACAAAAGGAGCAAUUGUGCAAGGUGGAUAUGGCCAUACUAGCGUCUAUGAUGAGCUGACAAAAUCUAUUUAUGUCCAUGGUGGAUACAAAGCGUUACCUGGCAAUAAAUAUGGAUUGGUGGAUGAUCUUUACAGAUAUGAAGUUAAUACUCGGACAUGGACUAUUUUGAAAGAGAGUGGCUUUGCAAGGUAUCUUCAUUCAGCUGUCCUAAUCAAUGGAGCUAUGCUCAUCUUUGGUGGAAACACUCAUAAUGAUACUUCCCUGAGUAAUGGUGCAAAGUGCUUUUCUGCUGACUUUCUUGCAUAUGAUAUAGCUUGUGAUGAAUGGAAGAUUUUACCGAAACCAAAUUUGCAUCGAGAUGUCAACAGAUUUGGUCACACUGCUGUUGUCAGUAAUGGGUCCAUGUAUAUAUUUGGAGGUUUUUCAAGUGUUCUUUUGAAUGACAUCCUUGUGUACAAGCCUCCAAACUGUGAAGCAUUCAGAGAUGAAGAGCUGUGUAAAAAUGCUCGUCCAGGGAUACGGUGUCUGUGGAACAAGAAACAUUGUGAAUCCUGGGAAUCUGGACAUGUUAAUAACAUCCUUAGAGCAAAAUGUCCUAAGAAAACAGCUGCUGCAGAUGACAGAUGUUACCGAUACGCGGACUGUGCGAGCUGUACUGCCAAUACAAACGGGUGCCAGUGGUGCGAUGACAAGAAGUGCAUUUCAGCAAAUAGUAACUGUAGCAUGUCGGUUAAAAACUACACCAAAUGUCAUGUGAGGAAUGAACAGAUCUGCAAUAAACUGACCAGCUGCAAAAGCUGCUCGCUACACCUGAACUGCCAGUGGGACCAGCGACAGCAGGAGUGCCAGGCCCUACCUGCUCAUCUGUGUGGGGAAGGAUGGAGUCAUAUUGGAGAUGCCUGCCUCCGCAUAAAUUCUAGUCGUGAAAGCUAUGACAAUGCCAAACUGUAUUGCUACAAUUUAAGUGGGAAUCUUGCUUCGUUAACAACCUCAAAAGAAGUGGAAUUUGUUCUGGAUGAAAUACAGAAGUAUACACUUCAGAAAAUUUCACCUUGGGUAGGUUUACGCAAGAUCAACAUCUCCUACUGGGGAUGGGAUGACAUGUCUCCUUUUACAAAUACAACUCUGCAGUGGCUUCCUGGAGAGCCAAAUGACUCUGGCUUCUGUGCCUAUCUAGAAAGAGCGGAGGUGGCAGGUCUGAAAGCGAAUCCAUGCACUGCAAUGGCAGAUGGCCUUGUGUGUGAAAAACCUGUCGUUAGUCCCAACCAGAAUGCCAGACCUUGCAAAAAGCCAUGCUCCCUGCGAACAACAUGUUCUAACUGCACGAGUAAUGGUAUGGAAUGUAUGUGGUGUAGCAGUACAAAACGUUGUGUUGACUCAAACGCCUAUAUAAUCUCCUUCCCAUAUGGACAGUGUCUAGAAUGGCAAACUGCCACGUGCUCCCCUCAAAACUGCUCUGGACUGAGGACCUGCGGACAGUGUUUGGAACAGCCUGGGUGCGGGUGGUGUAAUGAUCCCAGCAACACUGGCAAAGGACAAUGUUUGGAAGGAUCAUCAAGAGGCCCAAUGAAGCCUGUUGGCAUGCACUCUAGUGAAAUGGUGCUUGAUGCUGGUCUCUGUCCAAAAGAGAAAAAUUAUGAGUGGUCUUUUAUCCAGUGCCCAGCUUGCCAGUGUAAUGGCCACAGCACCUGCAUCAACAGUAAUGUCUGUGAUCAAUGUAAAAACUUAACAACAGGAAAACAAUGUGAAACGUGCAUGCCAGGAUAUUAUGGAGAUCCCACAAAUGGAGGACAGUGUACAGCUUGCACGUGCAGUGGACACGCAAAUAUUUGUCACAUGCAAACAGGAAAAUGUUUCUGCACAACUAAGGGAAUCAAAGGAGACCAGUGUCAACUCUGUGACUCUGAAAAUAGGUAUCUUGGAAAUCCACUUAGGGGAACAUGCUACUACAGCCUUUUGAUUGACUACCAGUUUACCUUCAGCUUAUUACAAGAGGAUGAUCGUCAUCACACUGCCAUAAACUUUAUAGCAAAUCCGGAACAGUCAAAUAAAAAUUUGGAUAUAUCAAUUAAUGCAUCAAACAACUUCAACCUCAAUAUUACAUGGUCUAUUGGUUCUACAGCUGGAACAAUAUCUGGAGAAGAGAUUCCUGUUGUUUCUAAGGCGAAUAUUAAGGAAUACAGAGAUAGCUUUUCCUGUGAAAAAUUUAACUUUCGGAGCAACCCAAACAUCACUUUCUAUGUCUAUGUCAGCAAUUUCUCCUGGCCAAUCAAAAUACAGAUUGCCUUCUCGCAGCACAAUACUAUUAUGGAUCUGGUGCAGUUCUUUGUCACCUUCUUCAGUUGUUUCUUAUCCUUACUGCUGGUAGCCGCUGUCGUUUGGAAAAUCAAACAAACCUGUUGGGCUUCUCGACGGAGAGAGCAACUUAUGCGGGAGCGACAGCAGAUGGCCAGCCGCCCCUUUGCUUCUGUCGAUGUAGCACUGGAAGUAGGAGCUGAGCAAACAGACUUUCUACGAGGGCCAUUAGAGGGUGCUCCUAAACCGAUUGCCAUUGAGCCGUGUUCAGGAAACAGAGCAGCAGUCCUCACGGUAUUUUUAUGUCUGCCCAGAGGAUCAUCGGGAGUCCCACCCCCGGGUCAGUCAGGUCUUGCAAUUGCAAGUGCACUGAUAGACAUUUCACAACAGAAGCCUGCGGACUGUAAAGAUAAGAGUUCAGGAGUCAGAAAUCGAAAACAUCAUCUUUCAACACGUCAAGGAACUUGUGUCUGAGAUUCAAAACCUACAAUUGUAUAUUCUGUAAUGUUUUCUUUUUAAAUGGCUUCCAUUGAAAGCUAUACUACAGCCUCAGUUUUUAAGGAGGCAAAUCUAUGAAUGAACGUAUGAGGUACUGUGCUCUGUUAUAGUCACACAGCCUACUAUACCCCAAAGCAGAACAAACUUAUGGUAGGUAUGAAUGUGUUUGAUGAGCUUUAAUAAAAAGAGUGGAUCCUGAUAUCAACAAAAUACGAAAUAAAAUACCUAGUAUUCUUAAUCCUGAACAUAUCAGAGCAGGGAAAAACCUUAAACAGAACUAGGAAAAACUGUACAUUGUUUUGUAAUGUAGAAGGAAAUUGUAUAAUUGAAAACUUAGCAAAUUCCAGGAAACUAAAGGACAUUUUUGUAUAGCUUAAUGUAACAAUGAGAAUUGUACAGUUCUUUCCUUGUAAUCAGCAUUAAGAUUUCUUUCCAGCAAGCAGGAACUAAAGAGGAUCAUUUGGAUUUAUGUAUUCUUUUAUCAUUGCCCAAAAUAGGCAGCUUUUGAAUUUAGCAUAGGUAUAACCCGAGAACACCAUAUGUAAUAUUUGAAAGAUAAUUCCAUAAAAAGCCUUGAUUUGAGCAUUUCAUGAUUAUUUUUCUUUACCUUGCAGAAGGCUCGGAAACAUAAUCUGAGCUGCAGCAGAAUGAUGGGUGGGCUUUCAUGUUUCUGUACCUAAGAGUCUAUUCUGAAUUCUGAAUGAUAUAUUUCACAAAGAGCACGUGUGGGUCCUCCAUGCCAACUAACUGAUUAGCAAAAUUAAUUGAGCGUGGAGAAGGUUCUUCUGCAACCAAGUUUGCUGUUUUUUCCCAGAGAGUCUCCCAGAUCGCAAGUCUAAGGAGAGUUUAACUGCUGUUAUUCUACCUGCUCCCAUUUCAAUAUUGAAAUUUGCUAGUAUCUAUAUAGUGUCCUGACUUCCAAGCAGAAGAAAUGAAUCCCAGUCAGCACUUUGACCCUUCUUUUUAUAAUAAAGUGUGGAUAGUUUUUGUUCUCCCAGCUGCAGAAUUUAAUCUCAUCCUCAGCUUCACACCAGUUAAGGAAUGACCCUGCAUACGAAAAAUUAAAUAAAUAAAUCUUUAGAAAUCCAAGUUGCUUCCACCAGUGGUUCUCAAAUCCAACAUCCAGUAUGGAACCUCACACAAUCAGUACUCAACAACAAAAAGCAGAUGAAAGAGUUUCCUUUCUACAGGACAUUAGUCUUUUGGGGGCUUGGUUGCCACAACAGGUAACCUAGCAAACAGCUUUCAUGGCCCUCAGUCUUUGUAUUUACUCGAAAUUCCUGAAUAUACAAAAGAGUAAGAGAAUGCUAAGGGGUAGGUAGCAGACGUGUCAUAUUCUCAUUUACACAUUACAUGUUGACAGCAGUAUAAUAUGAAGCUAGUAGUUUUGUAUGAGCUUGUUGAAAGUAUAGUUUCUCAACUCCAGAUUUGCCACCAUACUAGUACAGGAGAAUGAUACAGAGGUAUAAAUGCCUCAGGUAAUGAUGGACUUUUGGUAAAUAUGAAAGAUAUAAAAAGAUAAUUGAUGUUUACUACUAUAUCUGUAUUUUUCAUGUUUUUAUUUCAGGAAGAUGCUGACACUUUACUGUUUCUAGUUGACUACAUAGUUACUUGCAUGCCAUGGUGGUGCAGUAGCAGUAAUAAAGCCCUGUUGUGAAUCGUGUUUAUUUCGUAACGCCACUCAUACAUAGAAGUACUCAGCUUAAUUUGGAUGAGGACUAAAUGUAAAAAUAACUAUAAAAAGGAACGACUGUACAGUAUGUAGUUAUAUCUUAUACAGGAAUAUUAGGUUGCGUCUAACCAUGACUGCUCUAUUGUUUUGAUAAAUUAUGCACUUAUGAAUUAUGGUAUAAUUAUUUCUUAUGCUGGCAUGAUUGUUUCAGUAUUUUCAUAUCUUAACAUAAGAUUGUUAUCCUAAAAUAAUGCCAUCAGAAUCUUGUGACUUUUAUUGCCUAUUCUGACCUCAGUCUCUCAUAUCUUAAAACUUUAAAAAUUCCUUUUUAAAGUUUCUGUUGGGAACUUUCAAUCAGUGCUACUUAGCAUAGUGAAAAAAAAGGUCUUUUGAAAACAACCCUUUCCGUCAGUUUUAAAGUUGAUCUGUUCAAAUGAAUAUAAACCGAUGGAACUGGUUUAUAUGAUGCAUACAAUUAUGAAAAGGAAAGAACCACUUGAACAUAUUCCAAACUCUAUAUUAUCCUCAACCUAAACAUUUCACAUAAGAAAUAUACAGUGUGUGUUUUGUGAAUGUACUGGAAACCCCGUACACAGAAAGACCAUGUAGUCUUGUAGAGCAGUUUUGACUGUACUCACUCAUAAAGGAUUACAUUCCUCCGUAUCUCAACCAGAGUUUGACAAAUACUUGAAAAGCAGGUACGAGAUUUAAAGGGAUUAAAAUAUUUUAUUGUAACACUGAAGAUGGGCAAAUAGCUAUCAGCUAUUUUCUUGUGUUAACAGUUAAAAAUGUUAUUUUAAUUGUACAAGAAAAGCAUGUUUGUCAUGGGAUCAUUCAGCAUUUUCAUUCACUCUGAGAAUGUUUUUUUCCUAAAGUAUCUUUCUUCUCCUAGGAUCCCUGAUUGCAUGCAAAUUAGUAAAGAAA